AUGCCAUCCUCCAAAGAUCAAAAGAGAAAUCGCAACGAAUACGAUUCGGAAUAUUCCGAGAGCGACCAGGAAGAAGAAGGACAAGACAAUCCAAAAACCAAACAAGUAAAAACCACUGCAAGUCUUGGAAUAUGGAAAGAAGAUACCUCUCAAGAGCUCUAUUAUUUCAUCCAUCACAAGUUUUCCGAAAUGAAAUUCCCCAAAGAUACGGUUGGAGUUGCAUCGUUUGAUUUUGACUCAACUCUGGUUUUGACCAAGAGCGGAAAGCAAUUUGCAACAAAUGCUAAUGAUUGGAAAUUAUUCCAUAAGAAUGUUUCAACGAAAUUGAUCGAUGAAGUAAAAAAGAAGAAUCGUCUGUUGGUGAUUUUCACGAAUCAAAAUGGAAUCAAGAAGGGAAAACUCACAAAGAAAGAUCUAGAGAAAAGAAUGGAAGGUUUUAUUAGACAAGCUGUUGGAGAGGAUAUUCCAGUCUUGGUUUUGGCAGCUAUGGGUGAAAACUCACAACGAAAACCAUGCACUGGAAUGUGGACCUAUCUCGAAGAAAAGAUUCUUCCAAAAUAUCACAAAGAAUUAUCAUUGGAUAAAUCUGACAGUUUUUAUGUUGGUGAUGCGGCAGGAAGACCUGAACGAAAAGACGCAGAAAAGAAGAAAAUUAAGAAGGAUCACAGUUGUGGUGACAGAAAAUUUGCAAUGAAUCUUGGAAUCAAGUUUCAUACUCCUGAAAAUUAUUUCCUGGGAGAAGCUGAAUAUCCGACGUGGUCACUAGAUGGUUACGACAUUAAGAAGUUUGAAAAUGCUAAACUUACACCUUACAAACAAGAAGAUUUGAUUAGUUCCAAACAAGAAAUUGUCAUUUUCCAAGGUUGGCCAGCAAGUGGAAAAACCACAUUUGCGAAACGUUAUUUCCUUCCAGCCGGUUAUGUGCAUGUCAACAGAGAUUCACUUUCAACUCCUGCCAAAUGCAUCAAAGCAACAAAAGAAGCUAUUGCGCAAGGUAAAUCUGUGGUUGUUGACAAUACUAAUCCAGACGGCGCCUCAAGAAAGCCCUACAUUGAAAUUGCAGAGGAGAAUGACAUUCCUUGUAGAUGUUUUGUUUUUGAUAUUGAGAGAGAGUUGGCAGAGCAUUUGAAUGUUCUUAGAGAGAAUAGAUCGAAUGGUGCUCACCCUCACGUUCCAGGUGUUGCUUAUAACACUUACAAUAAGAAGUUUGAGGAUGUCACCAAAGAUGAGGGUUUAACAGAAGUGAGAAAAAUCAAAUUCAUACCUGUAUUUAAUAAUGACAGAGAGAAGGAAGAGUUCUUUAUGUACACUUGA